AUGAGGCCCGUGCCAGCGGAGCAACGUCCGUUCGUACACGGCGCAUACUACCCCAGCUGGAAGAUCUACAGGAAACAGCCACCGUCGUGCAUGGACCUGGACAUCAUAACCCACGUGUACUACGCAUUCAUACGCGUAAGAGAAGACGGUACCAUCUACCACCUCGACGAACACGCCGACCUCCACCACCCCAUCCCCCCAGGCCCUCCCGGCUGCCUCCCCGCCCUCACCCACCUCCGCGCCACCACCCACCCACACCUCAAACUCCUCCUCUCCCUCGGCGGCGGCAGCGGCUCCGCCCCCUUCCCCGUCCUCGCUUCCUCUCCCACCGCCCGCACCACCCUCGCCACCUCCCUCGCCGCCUUCGUCCACCUACACGCCCUCGACGGCGUCGACCUCGACUGGGAGCACCCCGCCUCGCCCGCCGACGGCACGCACUUCCUCGCCCUCCUCCGCGCGCUACGCGAUGCCCUGCCGGCGCCGCGUUACGUCCUCAGCGCGGCGCUGCCGGCGGGGGAGUGGUGUUUGCGCAACAUCCCGCUGGCUGCCGUCGCGGAGGUGCUGGACUACGUCAAUCUGAUGGCGUAUGACUUUGCGGGGUCCUGGACGGCCGGGCGCGCGGGGCACCACGCGAGGCUGUUCGCGGGAAGCGAGCCGUACGAUGCGUAUGCGAAGAGGUCGGGGGAUGGGGCGGUCGAGUAUGUACUGAGUAAAGGUGUGCCGCCGCGGAAGGUGGUGCUGGGGGUGCCGGUUUAUGGGCGGUCGUUUUUGGGCGUGCGGGGGCCGGGGGAGGCGUUUGUGGGGUGUGGCGGGGAGGCCGGGGGAGUUGUCGAGUAUAGGGAGUUGCCGAGGGAGGGGGCGGAGGAGGUGGUUGAUGAGGAGGUUUGGGGGGCGAGUUGUUGGGUGGGUGGUGGUGGGGGUGGAGAGGAAGGUAAGGCGGAGGAGUGGGUGAGUUAUGAUUGCCCGAGGACGGUGCGGGAGAAGGCGAGGUAUGUGAGGGAGAGGGGGCUGGGGGGCUUGUUUUAUUGGACCGGGGUCGCGGAUAAGAAGGGGGAGGGGAGCUUGCUCCGGGCUGGGUAUGAGGGGCUGUAUGGUUGA